ACACAUUUAUACAUAUACUCCGUCUCAUUACUAUAUCGUGUUGGAUUAAACUCAACACUGACGCUGUCUGUGGGAAUCAGUUCAAAAAGUUUAGCGUGUUCUUGAUUUUUCGUAGAAAAAUCAUACUCCCUCCGUAACAUUCAUAUCUUCCCACUUUCCCUUUUUGGACGUAACAUUUAUAUCUUCCCGUUUCUAAAUCUUCCCAUCAUACCCUCAAUAAUUUAAAAAAUAAUACACUACCACACCUACUUUUUUUGGAUUUAUCCUUCAUUCCAUCACAUUAUUUCACCAUCUUCCCAUCAUACCCUCAAUAAUUCAUACCCCAUUUCACUAUUCUUAAUCUCACCCACUUUGGAAGUGGGAAGAUAUAUGUGAUACGGAGGGAGUACUAAAUAAACUGAUUUCAACAAGAAGAUUCUGGGAACAAAAGAAAUUCUAAAAAUAAACAAUGACUCUGGGAAGUAACGAAGCUACGAAGUCUGGGAGUUUAAAUCACAAUUUCCCAGAUCUGGGUUGGGGCCGCCGGAGCAGCCGGAGCCAUCCCCAACUGCCGUGGACCCUCUUGGUGUUCGUCUGCCCCGAACGAAGCCUGCUGUUGCGCCCCAGAUCCCUUAACACUUGCAACACGGUCACAGCUGGCUCCACCGGCCACGGUUUGAGCCGCUCGUCCUCUCAAUCAGGAUGGAAAGAUUCUGGUUUAGUUCCGCACCUAGCAUCCACUCGCCGGAACUGAGGGAGCCUCCUAAAAAGAUGUGGGGCCAACUGAUUGCUUAAGUUGACUAAAUCAAAUUUACAAAAGGGGAGAAGAUCUGACUUCAUGAGCCUCCUGACCGAACGUCCCCAUUUUUUAAAGCUAAGUACCCAUAUUCUAAAUUGGUACAUCUAAUUGUUAACAACUUAAGAUAUUAGUACUGCUAAUAUUUUCAUCAUCAUUAUUUAUUAGGGAUAAAAUGUCCCGAAAUAAAUAAUGCCGAGCGAAGCUUGGGGAUGAGCUUCCACCGGCAUUUUGAUUUAUUAAUUAGGGGACGAGCCGAGCCGAGGGUCAUCGCACCCGGAGGCUGACGGUCACACUCGGAAGAGCCCCAAAUAAAAAAAAAUUGUGCACAUAUACAUGUUGUCUGGCCAUUUGGCCGCGUUACUAUGUUCAUUGUGCAGACAAAGAUCAUAAUCGGGACGACCGAUAAGAGAUGAUGCUCAAAAUGAAUCUUGGGCCAAGGGCUCUGAGACGAGCAUCUUCCACCUCAGGUGCCAAGGGUCGUGGACGAUCAUCUCCUCCCCAGAGGCCGAGCAUCUAAAGAAGACCAUCAAAGGCCAAGGGCCCGAAGACGAUCAUCUAUCGUCCAGUGGCCUAGGCCCGGGGACGAGCAUCCUCCACCCCAGAAGCCGAUGAUCUAUAGAAAACCAUCAAAGGCCAAGGGCUUGGAGGCCAAAGCCCGGGGACGAACAUCUUUCAUGCCGGAGGCUGAGGAUCUAAAGAAGACCAUCAAAGGCAAAGGGCUUGGAGACGAGCAUCUUUCACCCCGGAUGCCGAGGGCCCGAGGACGAUCAUCUAUCGUCCAGUGGCCUAGGCCCGGGGACGAGCAUCCUCCACCCCAGAAGCCGAGGAUCUAUAGAAAACCAUCAAAAGCCAAGGGCUUGGAGGCCAAAGCCCAGGGACGAACUUCUUUCACGCCGGAGGCCGAGGGUCGGGAGACGAGCUUCUCCACCCUAGAGGCCGAGGGCUUUGAGACGCGCAACACAUCCUGAGACCGGGCAUGCCCAGGCUGAGCAUGUUGAGGUAGAAAUGUCCCAAGGAGACCCAACCUAACAUCUGGAGGUCGAACGUCUCUAGGAAUAGGCCGAGGAUUGUCGCUGUAUGACGACUCCGAGAGCUGCAACCGGGGUCAUACAUCAAAAGCAAAGACAUAUCUAGGCCGAGUUCUUAAGGGUCGAACGUCCAAAAGAAGUCGGGUCGGGCAUCCGUGGGCCGAGCGCCCCAACCCUCACACCAAGGCCAAGGCAUUGUUAAGCCUUUGCUCCGAAAGCCGAGGCCAUGCAUAAGGAAGGCAGAGGAAGAGCGUAGACAAGAGUAUACUUUCUCGAGCAGAUUCGCGCGCUGACUACUCAAGAAACUGGGGGACUUGUGUUGAGAUAUAUUAUCUCGGUCCGUUACUGUUCAGGAGCCCAAGACUGUACGUAGUAUGGAACCCGAUCGGCGAGGCCUAUUUCCAGCCUAUCGGGCCUAUUUCGGCCUUUGGGCCCAUUUUGGGCUUACUUGGCCCAUUAGGGUAGACUUAUCCCCCAUCCCAUUUUACCUAUAAAUAUAAGGCUUUCCCUCCAUGUUAUGGGCUUUUUUCGCUUCUUCCCCAACUCAUUCCUUCUCUCUAGAAUAGUUUUGCAAGACUCCAUUAAUGGAGCUCAAAUUGUACUAUGUAAUGGUGAGGAUAGUCUAAUGAGAAUGAGAGGGUUUGGACAUUAGCCUAAAAAGUCUCGUGGUUUUCUCCCUUUCGGGCUUCCACAUAAAAACUGAGUUUGUUCAUACACAUUUAUACAUAUAUUUACUAUAUCGUGUUGGAUUAAACUCAACAAUCCAAAAGAGAUCGAACUAAUAGGCAUGACAUGUACUCUAUUAAUCCACUCAAACAACGUAAUUAAUCAUAUUAAAGUUGGCCAGAAAUUAACUUUAUCAAUUAAGCGAAUAAGAACAAUGGAUAAAACUCAAUCAAUUAACAUAACUAUAAUCACAAUUCAUACUAAAUCAUAGCAACAUCAUCAUAAUUCAGGACUUAAGAAUUUAGCUACUCAUCAAAAUGGUUGAUUAAAACGGCGAGUGAAACAGAAUUCAUCCCAACCAUGCAUGUUAAUCAACAAAAAAAAGUAAUCGUGUUAUUAUGCUAAAAUCUGAACAUGCAAAUACUUAAUAAAUAGCAAAAGUUCAACAAAGCAACUAACUGGAAUGAGCGAAUAAUUUUUUUAGAUUACGGUAAACCCUUUAGCCGCAGAUUGGAAUGAGCGAAUAAUUUUUAGAUUACGGUAAACCCUUUAGCCGCAGAUGUGGCCCCAACCAGGGGCGGAUCCAGAAAGUUAAAAUGAGGUGGGCUAAAAUAAAACUUCGGCACACUCAUCCAUAUAUACUAAAAAUCUUAUAUAUUCAUUACUUAAAGACUUUAAUUGGGAUGAGGUAAAUAUUUUAAGGCACAUAUAUAAUAAAAUCUUAAGUGCAUUGACACGACUUCAAAAUAUAAAACUCAUCUAUAAGGAAUUCUCGAUUAAGUGAAUUUGUUAUUAUUUGUGUUAAAAACAAUUUUUUUUUAUCAUCAAACGGGUCUCUAUUCAUAUCAAAAGAUUCAGGAGCAUUACAUCAAACAAAAGGAAAAUAAAACUGACACCAACUGAAACUUCAAUAACUACGACUGUAACCCUAUGGUGAGACUUUGAGACGGUCACCCCUGAGAGAGCAACACGAAUCGCUAACCAUGUAAUGGGCUUGACACAGCCAAACCUAUUCCCAUAGAUCCAACACACUCAAUGACAUAAAGAGAGGCAAAAAACUCAAACAAACUGUCAAAACAAACAACAAAAGUGGACACAAGAAAACAAAUAACAAACAGAUAAAAACUACAAGAAAAGCGUUCACGAACUCUAGCACCUCGUACAUCCCAUGGUGGUGGUUCAGGAGGAGGUCUUAUCACCGGUACCAUGCUAAUUGAUACCCCGUGACCUUUGUCUGCCAAAGGCCAUGCAUCAAUCCUCCGUCCCUGCAUAACCAAACUCAUCCUUGCUUCAUGCAACCAGAGUAAACGGAUAGGCGGCGCCGAUCUUCUCCAACGACGACAGCAAUACAUCGUCCUCGAACCUUGACCACAACGCCGAUCUCCUCGAGCCAUGACAGCAAAUCCGCCCUUCGAGUAUGAAGCACAAACAACAUUCAUUCCAAAGGUGCCAUCGCAAUUCAUUCAAGCUGAUCAAGAUCAACUUCUGGAAGGCAAGGGUUACAUGCAAGAUACUGAAGAUCCUUCAACUCCACGACAUCAAAGAACAAGUUGCCAAGAAGACAUCGAAGGGGAGAUUACAAGGAUUCCUUCAAAAAGCCUUCUUAAGAAGCCGAGUUCAAGACGAAGACAAAGGAAGCUGAGUUGCACUGAAGUUCAAGAAAAAGAGGAACAACUGGACAAAUCUUAUCUACGCUCUCUUCUACAUUGCUGAAUCAACGCAAAGACAAAGAUAUCUGCGCUGCAAUGCUGAUUGAACACGAUUGAACACCAAGGGAGAGAUUGUUGGGAAUAUUUUAUGGUGUCCAAUCUAGUUAAAUAUAUUUGUAUUUGUGUAGUUAUUAUGUCUAGAUAUUUCUCUCCAUUGGGAUCUUUGUUAGCUAUCAUUAGACUAGCCUUAUUAGGAAAUAUUGUAAAGUGUGCUAUUGGGUCAACUAAGUAAAGAAGCCCAAUCAUGCUUAGGUCGCAUCAACACAUUCCCUAGGCAUAUAAAUAUUGCCUUUAAGGGAAUGUGCAGCAAGACUUCUCAUAUUAUUCACGCAUACUUCUAGUGAGAGAGAGAGAGAGAUCUCCGCACUGUGUAUUUCGAAUAUUGCUCUGUAUUAGAGAACAUCAUUCUGAUAUCGAAAACAUAGUUCUUCUCUUCUCUAUUUGAUGCUAUAUUGUUAUUUUGAUUGUUGAAUACAGGGACAAACAUAGACCAUAAAGGCAAGAGGUGCAAGCUUUUAUCGUGAGCCUACCCACGAUAGCUUUCCACCAUCUUUGGAAGUGAUCUUUCAUGACUAAGAGGUUUUUAAAUUCAGAUAUAUAUUAAAAAUGUUUUUUUUUCAUUCUUAACACAUGUUUUUUUUUAAAACAAGGCUCAAAGAUUCACGCCCAUGUUCCAGAUCAGUUUGUUGGGAAAUUUCACGCCCUAUUUAAGGAGGGUCGGAUCUUUGCAGUGAAAAAUUUUAUGGAUGAAGAAAACUUUAUGUUUUUCAAAACAACAACCAGUGCCUAUAGGCUCAAGUUUUUUAAAAAGAGUGAGGCCUUUGAGAUGAAAAUUCUUUUUCCUUUGAGGACAUUUUCAUUGGUGUCAUUUUCUACUUUACAUGCGCAAGACGCUAUUGAUGAUAGAGCGACAAUUGGUGGGCUUAUAGUAUUAAAGAAGUGGCAUAAAGUAUUCUGUUUAUUGUAUCAAAUGCUAACAAAUUAAUGGACAAUGCAAAUAUCAUUGGCCAUGUUAGCCAUGAUAAAGACCCUAAAACGAUCCUCAAGAACGAUCCUCCUAAGAAGCUGAUUGAGCUCAUCUUAGGAGACACAGAGUUGGUAAAACUUACUAUUAAACUGAUCCUUGGAUCAUACUAUUUGUUCAUUUUCCUAAUUAAAACAUGUUUUUCAAGGGGUAAUGUUGCUCACCUAAAAACCAACCACAACAAAACCUAUCGUUAUGCUUCUGCAAUGGUGCAGAGCAAGAAAAUAUCAAGGUGACCACUUUUUUGUUAAUUUUUAUGUGUUCACAUAUUCAUACUAACGGACAAACAAGGAUUAGGUCAAGUGCACGCAUCCAAUAUGUUUAAUACCACCAAAGUCAUUCUGAAUGGGUCGGAGGAAGUGUUCAAUGAUUUCAAGGCGAGGUAAACAUCGUUACAUUUUACAGUAUCCUGGAACCAAGACUAAUGUGAUGAUUGACGUGCCC